AUGAAGUAAACAGUCUACCUACUAUCUAAAAAAUUGAAUAAAUCUUACUUUCAAUUGUCAACACUAUUUAAAAUACAUCUAAAAUUGAAAUCUAUUUAGGCUGUUUAAACAGAAAGUAAAAGAAAGCUUCAAUUACACCAUUUUUUAUUUUCUAGUGUUCAAUAAGUAGGCAUUGAAAAAGGCUAAAUUAUUUUAUCGGAAUAAGUCAAUACAAUAAGAAGUGGAGAUCAAUUCAUCUAGAAGUAAUAAAUUGAUAGAGGAAGAUUAAAAAAUAUUAAAAGUACUUAAAAAAAGUAAAGAUCUAAACGAAAUUAAAGUCAAAAUACCAAGUGCAUUAGAAAAGAGAAUUGA